AUGGAUCUUUCGCAGCAGCAACUAUGUGCCUGGGUGGAAACACCUGGACCAGACGCGAAAAUCGAAUUUCGGGAUAUCGAAGUACCCAAACCCGGCCCCAACGAAGUUCUGGUUAGGCUAGAGGUUUCUGGUGUCUGUCACUCGGACCAUCAUUCGAUUUACGGAAAUACGCCAAUGACGACCCAUAUUGCUGGGCACGAGGGCGUAGGAAUCGUCGUUGCAGGUGGCUUCAUCGAGCAUGCGGCAAAUGCGAAAUUUGCAAAGUGGACUAUACUCACUGCCCGCACCAAGAUAACUCGGGAAGAGCUAAAACUAGGUCUAGAAUACUGCCUAGCCGACACCGAGUACUUGUUCCAAAUUCCAGCCGAGGUCCCAGCGGCAAUCGCAGCACCACUUCUCUGUGGUGGCGUCACCAUGUAUGGCGCUCUUGUASGAGCCGAUCUCCGUGCAGGCGAUUUUGUCGUCAUUCCUGGAGCCGGCGGCGGUCUGGGCCAUUUGGGUGUCCAGAUUGCAACAAGUAUGGGCUUACAGGUCAUCGCGAUAGACUCGGGUCCGGACAAGGAAGCCAUUUGCAGGGAUUCUGGUUCCUGUCACUUCUUUGAUUUCCAGAAGAGCCGCUCCUCCCUGAUAGAGGAUGUGCGCUUUGUCACAGGAGGAAUUGGAGCACAUGCAGUUCUCUGUAUCACUGGUGCACCAUCGGCAUACGACAGCGCUUUGGCGAUGGUGCGGAGUCUGGGAAAGCUCGUCUGUGUAGGUAUUCCGCCGUCAUCUUACCGGUUGGCAAUCAGCCCUUUCGAGAUCUUGGUGCGAGGCCUGCGAGUCAUCGGGUCAACAGUGGGUAAUAGAUCCCACAUGUCGUCAUUAAUGAAUCUCGUGUUACAAGGCAAAGUGAAACCGAAGGUGGAGAUCUAUCAAUUUCUGGAAUUGCCAGAGGUUAUGAAGAAGCUGGAGCAUGCUACUAUAGCAGGAAGAGCAGUUCUACAGAUUCGAAAAUAG